AACCUAUUCCAUACAGCUAGUGAAAAACUACAGCAGCCGAUCCCCCUAAACAACGAUCUGUGCAACUGCGCAGAAGUUAAUACACCAUUUACCAUUGGUGAAGUUUUUGAGUUCAUGCACAGCUGGUACUGCGCAGAUGAACUAAUCUGUGCAGUGUAUGGAUGGUAAAAUCACAUUCGCGUUCGCGUUUUAACCCUGUUCACAUGUAUGCAGAUCGGUGAAACUGUGAGGGAUCUGCGCACAACUAAGCAAAAAAAAAAAAAAGCCAAGCCACAAAUUUUCUUACUACGCAGAUCACCAACUGCUGCGUAAUGACGGCAUAGACUGGCGUCCCAGCCAGAAAAGAGCAGACACCGACACAAGAGACAAGACUGGAUAUCAGAAGGAAAAAAUCUGAAAUAGCUACGUAUAACAACAGAAAACUAAAGACAUCGAGUGUCAAAUCCGUCUGACAGGCCUUGAAGGGCUCAAUAAGGUUAUAGGCGGUGUGACAGAGAGCAACUCGUUUAACAGAUUGUCACGAGUUGGUGAUUUCCCCCUCUCCCCUUCCCUACCCCGACCCCCCCUUGCCCUUGCCCCCUUCCGCCACAAAAAACUAAAAUGGAGAACCAGCACCAGCACAGCCACUGCAUGAACUGCGUCAGCCGGCGGUGCAUGAGCCGGCCGGAGCCCGGCGUGUCGUGCGACCUCACCAGCUGCUCGCUGGUCUGCGGCGCGGUCUUCCACGGCUGCAAGGCGGCGGAGCACCGGCUGCUGUGCCCGCUGGAGCGGGUGCCCUGCCUCAACAGCGGCUUCGGCUGCCCCUUCACCGUCUCCCGGAACAAGAUCUCCGAGCACCUGGAGGUCUGCCCGGCCAGCGUGGUGUGCUGCACCAUGGAGUGGAACCGCUGGCCCAUCAGCUACGCCGACCGCAUGUCGUACGAGAACCUCAGCAAGGACGUGGACGUGGUGGAGCAGCUGGACAUGGCGCUGGCCCUGCAGGACCAGCGGAUGCUGCUGGAGUCGCUCAAGGUGGCCACCAUGAUGUCGAAGAACGGCGACAAGCCGCCGGCGCCGCUCGGCGAGAAGGCGGCCGCCGCGUCCUCCUCGCCCGGCCGGCGGAACGAGAAGAUCGCCAACGGGAUCAACGGCCUGGACGAGGAGUCGUACAGCGAGCUGUACCAGGCCACCGUGGAGACCAGCCGGAGCCUGGCGGCCGCGCUCGACAUCCUCAGCAGCGCCACCAAGGAGAUGGACCUGAUCAACGGGGGCGUGGCGGCCGACGGGGCGGCCCGGCCCAACGGGGGGUUCCACGGCGGGGUGGAGGCGGAGGCUCCGGGCCCGGAGAGCGUGGACAUGAGGGAGAGCGACGGCGAGUCGUCGGACUGCGAGCCGGGCGCCGCGGGCGGGAUGGACCUGGAGGCGGCCGCCGGCGCAGUGGUGGUGCUGGUGGAGGAGGAGGAGGAGGAGGAGAAGAAGAACGCCGAUGGCGGGAAGAUGUGGCCCGAGCGGAACGGCUUUUUUGAGACGGAGGAGGAGGAGGAGGAGGACCGGGCGGACGAGGAGGUGGACGACGGGAUGUUCGAUCUGUUCGAGAAAGACGAGAAGCCCCUCUGCAACGGCUUCCACAGCGCCGGGGACCGGCAGGACGACAUGGAUCUGGAGACGGCCGAGGAGCGGCUCCCCGAAGCCAACGGGUCGUGGGAGGCCAUCCGGCCGGCGGCGCCGAGUCAUUCCAUGCCCGUCGCGGAGCAGGGGCCCUCCGGCUCCCGGCUGCCGCCGCCACAGCUGCCCUUGCCGCUGCCCAUCCCGCUCCCCAACAUCAUCCCGGCCAACGGCAUGCACCACGUCCCGCUGGACUUCGAGGACCGCUGGUUCGAGCGCAAGCUGCAGAACCUGCAGGUGCUGCGCGGCAUGGGCGUGUUCACCCUCAACGGGCGCCGGGCCCUGUUCGCCGACCCGUACGCCUUCCGCGUCAAGAUGGAGGACAAGUCGGUGGACACGUCGGACCUGGAGGUGGCCGACGACCCCAUGGGCCUCCACGGGAUCGACCUCAUCACCGCCGCCCUGCUCUUCUGCCUGGGCGACUCGCCCGGCGGGCGGGGCAUAUCCGACAGCCGCUUCGUGGACGGCUACCGCAUCGACUUCGGCACGCAGACCUUCUCCUUCCCGUCGGCCAUCCUGGCCACCAACACCAUGGUGGGCGACAUCGCCUCGGCCUCGGCCUGCGACCACGCCAGCCCCCAGCUCUCCAACCCCAGCCCCUUCCACAGCCUGCGGCUGGACCUGGUGCUGGAGUGCGUGGCCCGCUACCAGACCAAGCAGCGCUCCAUGUUCACCUUCGUCUGCGGGCAGCUGUUCCGCCGCGACGAGUUCUCCUCCCACUUCAAGAACGUCCACGGCGACAUCCACGCCGGCCUCAACGGCUGGAUGGAGCACCGCUGCCCCCUGGCGUACUACGGGUGCACGUACUCCCAGCGGAGGUUCUGCCCGUCCACGCAGGGCAACCGGAUCAUCCACGACCGGCACCUGCGGUCCUUCGGGGUGCAGCCCAACGGGUCGGCCCCCCCCACCGGGCCGCUGUCCAGCAACUCGUGCCGGUUCGGCUCGGACUGCGACCACCUGAGCAGCCUGCCCUUCGAGGUGCUCCAGCACAUCGCCGGCUUCCUGGACGGCUUCAGCCUGUGCCAGCUCUCCCGCGUGUCCCGCAUGAUGAGGGACGUCUGCGCCAGCCUGCUGCAGGCCCGGGGCAUGGUGGUGCUCCUGUGGGAGAAGAAGAGGUACCAGUUCGGCCCCUCGUCCUGGCAGAUCAAGGACAAGGUGUGGCGGUUCAGCACGGCUUUCGGCACGGUGAACGAGUGGAAGUUCGCCGACAUCAGCAGCAUGGCGGACCACCUGAAGCGGUGCAAGUUCAACACGGUGGAGCGACGGGAGGAGGCCAUUCCCCUGCCCUGCAUGUGCUUCACCCGGGAGCUCACCAAAGAGGGACGAUCUCUGCGCUCCGUGCUGAAGCCAGUAUUAUAAACAGCCGUUUCUUCCAAUCAGAUCUAAGAGCCCAAACACUCUGCGUAGCCUCUUUGUAAUACGAUACUUUAUCAGACUGCGGAUUACUUUUACGUGACAUGAUCUAUCACUGUGUAAAUAAACAAUGUUUUGAUGUUAAAUUUAUUUUUUAUAUAAAAAAAAAAGUCAGUACUGUGUUGCAUCGAAGUUGAAAAGAAGAGCCUUAAUGUAUGAAAUAACACUUGACUUGCUAGACAUGAUAGGUUUCUAUGGAUCGAUAUAGGUGCCGUUUUCCCCUACAGGACUGAUGUCUGUACCAUAGCUAAUAUUAUCCUGCAUGGUUUGGUGUUCAACAAGUGCCCUUGCUUGGGUUUAAAAUAUUGCUGAGAGAAAUAUGCAUAUUUUAAGAAAGAAACUUAAGCAUUUUUCUCUUCCUCCUCUUUUUAAGAUAUUGACCAAACCUAAAAUGUGCACAUUAUGUCCUGCUUCUCAGCAGAAGCAAUAGGAAGUACAUUUGAUGUUAUGUUUAUUCUCCAUGUCACAUUACCUUGCAUGCAGCUGAAUUUUGGCAAUUAAAAAGUUGUGAGAUUGUUCUCAGUGGCUCAAAAUUCUCCUUUUGAUAUCAGUCCACAUCAAAAUAUAUCAGAACAUGCGCACCAAAUUUUUUUUGUCAAUCUGCUGCAUGGAAACCGGUUAAUGGGUAAUUUCUUUGUUGGCUAUAAUUUGGUAUCGUGUAUUUCCGUACUAUUGGCUGAAUCACAGAGUUAUACGCAGUGCUUCUGGUUUUACUUUUAAGCAAUAAAUAAACAAUACUGUAGCAUAAAUAUCACUUAGCACUUUAUUCUCCAAAUGUUCUCUUUUUAAGUUGAUUUUUUUUUUUCUUUACGCACAAAUCUGGACACUAAGAAAAGCCAAGAUGUGUCAGGACAUAGAAAAGCUUGUUUCGUUUUUGUUUUUUUCCCCCCCCCUUCUAUUUGUACAAACGGAGAGCUCUGCAGAAACAUCCACAAAACUCUUCCUACUGAUGUCAUUGAGGAAAUGCAACCGGAAUUGGAGAUGAAUUGUAGACCGUAGUAAGAUUAGUAAAUUUGGAUCUUUUAUGACUAUUUUUUAAGUGGUUGUACUAAAAUGAAUGGAAAGACAAAUUAUUUUGAAUACAAUGGGUUUUUGUUUUUUUUAUAUAACACAAGACCUCACAAUUUUUAGGGUCCCUCAAUAGGGGAAAAAUAUAUUUGCUCUGCCAGUCGUUAACCCUUGUUGUGCCUUGUAAUUUUGCAUAUACAGUAUAUCAAUCGACCGUUUACUACAUAAACCGGAUUUGUCAGCAAAAGUCAAACGAAGGCGUAGAAUGCAUGUGGGUCGUCGGUUUGACUCGAAAGUGCUGCUAUUAACUACCUGCACGUUGGAUGCAGACAGAAAUCAGAAGUGGAUAGUAAGUCUAAAAUGUCUGCCCUAAAAGUGGGAUUAGCUAGUACUUAAAUGGUCUGUUAAUUCCUGAAGCUUUCACUAAAUCUAGUGGCCACACCUUAAUGCAUGUCAUUUUGUUGCUGUUUACUAAAGGAAAUCUGUCAUCUUAAAGAUUUGUUCCAUGCUCAACGUUAUGUUGAGUAACCACUUAGGAUUAGACUGCAUAUGGAAGAAGCAGUGGUCUGUAUGAGCCCUGUCCGAACCACGUUCAGCAUUAAACCGCCUCAUAUUUUUCAUUCUCGUGUCUGAGGUGCAGAACCAAAAUUCAGUCUCGUUUAAUGUCUAUCAUUCUUCACUGCUUAUACCAUAAUGGCUCUCCCAAGUGUAUUCUUUGUAUAUCAGGGUUGUAUAAAACAGGAUGUUCAUUGCAUAGAUGAAGAAUACUUGCCCCAGUGCAUUAAAAAUGUGUUCACUUUGUGACAGUGAUGGUAAAAAAUUAAAUACCAUACAGUAUUA